CGGUGUGUCGGUCCUCUGUCUCAGCUCCUCCAGCGCUCCUUCAUGGUUUCACUCUGACACUCUCUUUAUUAUAAGGACUUUAUUAGAAGGACUUUUAAAUAAGGACUUUUCAUUUCUAUUUUUUUCAUGAAGGCUGCAGAGACGAGGACCUGAUUCUCACUUUUCUUUCUUUCUUAUAUCUUUUUUAUAUUUUAUAUUUUAUAUUUCUUGUUGUUGGACCUCCGGCUCCAGAUGCAAGGAGGCUUGAUGGAGAAACUGUCCCGACAUCAUCCACUCAACCCGGGGUUCCUUCCUCCAGCGACGCACGGUGUGCUCAAGUCUCUGCUGGAGAACCCCAUGAAGCUGCCGCUGCACCAUGAAGCUUUCAGCAAGGAGCAGGAGAAGGAGAAGAACCUGGAAGAGGAGCGCAGCGUCCCCCAGUCGGCCUUCCUGGGCCCCACGCUGUGGGACAAGACCCUGCCCUACGAUGGAGACACCUUCCAGCUGGAGUACAUGGACCUGGAGGAGUUCCUGUCCGAGAACGGCAUCCCCUCCAGCCCCUCCCAGCACCACCACCACCACCACCACCACGGCCAGCACCACCAACCGCACGCUCCGCCACGCCAUUCGCCAAUCAUGUGCCAAGUCCCACCCAAGUCGACGCUGUUGGUGAUGGACCUCAGCAACAACGCCUCCAACUCCGUCCACACGAGGGUCGUCUCUCCGAACUGCCUGCACAGCAGCCCGUCAAGAGCAGACCUCCCGAGCUCCAGAAACACUCCCAGCCCCAUCGACCCGGACUCCAUCCAGGUCCUCGUCGGGUACGAGCCCGACCUGGCUGACCUGGCUCUGUCCAGCGUGCCGGGCCAGGAGAUGUUCGACCCGCGCAAACGCAAGUUCUCGGCCGAGGAGCUGAAACCGCAGCCCAUGAUCAAAAAAGCUCGCAAGAUCUUCAUCCAGGAGGACCUGAAGCAGGAUGACAAAUACUGGGCCAGGCGCAGGAAGAACAACGUGGCGGCCAAGAGGUCCCGGGACGCCCGGCGGGUCAAAGAGAACCAGAUCGCCAUCCGAGCCGGCUUCCUGGAGAAGGAGAACUCGGCUCUCAGGCACGAGGUGACCGAGCUGAGGAAAGAGCUGGGACGCACCAAGAACGUCAUCGCCAAGUACGAUGCGCAGCACGGCCCGCUGUGAGGACACAUAUACAGUAUAUAAAUAUAUAUAUAUAUAUAUGAAUAUAUAUAUAUACAUAUGAUGACCCCGCCUCCUCCUGAUCCACCAGCGUUCACUUCUCCGCCACUCUCGGUCCUGAUGGCUCGACUCGCGGCAGCUGAACGCAAAAAUUUACUUUUAAAUCUACUUUCCAUCCUCUCGGUGGACGUCAUACUGAUGACCAAUCAGAUAGGAACGUCCCUUUUAGUCAUAACAAGUGCGCAAUACAUUAAUAUAAACACAAACAGGGUCAGUCUGGUGUUAUUCUAUAUUUUUUUGGUUCCUACUGAAGACAUUAAUCUUAAAAAUAUCCUCAGUAAUCUCCUCAAACAGCUGCUCGCUGUAGUUUCUCUCAUUGUAGAUUGCAGUUUGGGUUAAAAUAAUUGCAGAUGUUCUUUAACUAGCAUUCUCGUACGCCUUUUCAUACGUCUUUUCAAAAUAAACUUCUGUCUUCACAGGAAACAACUUCCUUAGGUUUAGGCAACAAAACUACUUAGUUAGGUUUAGGAAAAGAUGGAGAUUUGGGUUAAAAUAACUUCCGAAGUGCUGUAACUUAAGUACAGAAGUUAAGUGACAAAUAAAUCAACGUUGACUUCUGGCCUCACACGGGGCACCAAUAUAGGCCUCCUGGUGAAAAUCUAGUGUUUUUUGAUCCACCCAAACCUCCUCCCUAUGCGGCGUUUGUCGCUCUUCAUACUUCCUGGUUCACAAUUAAAUGGAUUAAAUAUUAAUUGAUUUCAUGGGAUAUAUACAAAUUACACUUUUAGUAGGAAGAGCUACGAACGAUAUAGGAAAACGGCCUGGCUCUAGUGAGUAUUUCUGGCAGCAGGACCCUGUCAAAAUAAAAGUACUAGUUAGUAGAUACAUUCAGUGUUGGUUUGAGUCUGAACAGGAAGGAAAAUGUAGAAUAUCACCAGACAAAGAAAGAAGCACAACACUAAAGGCCUUUACACACCGGCGGCGUUUUGUUUUGUUUUGUGCGAUUACUUCAAACGCCAUUAAACUUUUUCAAACUGUUGUUUUUGUCAUGAAUACUUUCAUACAGAGCGCCGUCAAUACACGACAAAAAAGGUCACUUUCACAACACGAAUAAAGGCAAUCACGUUGUGAAGGACGGGUCGAGUCGCGUCUGUAUUUAUAAAACUAGUCCGAACCAGGACGGCAAACUUUAUCACUUCUUUCAACCUCGACAAAGACAGCGCAGACCAGAUCCACUCCUUCCCUUCUUCCCUUUCACAAUAAAAGCCCUAGACAUGUAAUAUUCGCAGGCGAGUAUUUCACAUUUCCGUGUUGUUUAUCCGUCAUGCCCCCCCGGUGUGUAAAGGCCUUAAGAAUGUACAAAAAUGUUGAUUUUUCACGUCUUUUCACGGCGUCCCCUGCUGUGAGUCGAGCCCGUUAAUCAGGAUCAUUAAACACCUGUUUCUCUUUGUGACUUCUCCUCAUGGAGCUCCUCUCUGGGUCUCAAACUGAUGUCUGACCUUUGCCCUCUGACCCCUCCGCUCCCCCCCCUCCCCAGUGUACAAUAACGGCACUUUCUCUGCCGACCCCCCCUCACAGACCCCACCCCCCUCCUCCGCCGUGUGCAGGUGUUGUUCCCACAAUGCACCUGUUCACAUGUACAUACCUGCCUUGUUCUUGCUCCUGAUGAUGAUGUAUGAAAGUGUGCCGCCUCUUGGCGCUCUGCUAUCAGUCAAUCAGCGUCUGUUCUGGCCUUUUUGGGGCCUUAAGCAGUAUUUUUAUGGAUAUUUUAAGAUGAUUCUCACUGAUUUUACCCAAACAACGUAUAGCAACCCACAAAAUGUGUUUUUAUACACCCACAAAUUUGCCAGUAAAUUGUAUUUGAUAUGAUCAUCAGAUGUGCUGUGACAUCAUCAGAGAGUGGACCUUUAAAUCAGAGAGGAACCCAAAGACUCGUAUCGGCCUCAGGUUCUCUGUUCACACGAGACAGAUUUAUAACGACGCCAUAAUCCACCAGUUUUAUUCCCAGAGUCUGAGGCGACUCUUCGGUGUUUGUGUAUUGAUUGUUUUGACCUGUUUACCCGUCUAACGUUUGUCUCUUUGUGUUGGAGACGAGCUGUUUGUAUCUUCUCUGUCUACUUGUUGAAGUCCUGAAUCUGCUGGGAUGUUCAGUCUGAGACGGACGCUGUAGAAAUCUCAACACCGCUGCCGCCGCUCAGAACCCGAGAGGAACUGUUGGACACGAACCGCCUCGCUUCCCAGCAUCGGACGCUUGAUGUGCUGCCACUAUAGACACCUGAUUGGACGAACGCUUUCCCUUUAAAACCGGGACCAACGUGGUGGCUUGUUUGGAUCUAGUGAUGUGACAUGUGUGACACAGGUGUGGACAUUUUCCCACCAGUUAAAAAACUCGUGACAACAGCGGUGUUACCGAUUACACUGGACAUUUUACAAGAAAAGAUGACGGUCAAUAUGUGUAGCGCGCUGACUCUGAUCUUUACCGUCAGGUGGCGGUGUGUCUGGCCUCUCCGGUCCAGCUUUUGCUGCGAGGCCGCAGGUUUCGACCCGUUGGUCGCCGCACACCGGCUGUGACCGCUCCGUCCUCCUCACGGCGAUUGCCUCAUUAACGCUGUGGUUCCUUCAUAGCAUUCGGGUUUAAAUCUGAAAUAUUGCCAAAUAGGUGCUUUUGCUUUUCGCCAAAUCCUCCGCCAUCGUCUCGUCUCUCUCGUCCCGUGUGUGAAAUCUGACUCCUGCUGCUGCUCCGCUAAACAACCGUAGGAACACAAUGUAAUCGGCGUGUGCCCGACCUGGUAACACAGGUAAUACCGACUACCGACAUCGAUCCAUAUCGAGGAAUCGUUAACAACCCUACAAGAUAAACGACUUGUGCAACAUGAUGUUCUUUUAGUCAUCUUCAGUUUCUUGCUGUCAUUUUUAAAACGUGAGUAAUAAACUGUAAUGAGCUCAUUAGCCGACGUCUCUGAGCAGCAGCUGUUCAGGAGCGUCGUGGUGACGUCACGUCUUUAUUUCACACUAACAGCUCUCGUUCACGGAGAUCAUUAAAUAGAAGAUGAGGACGGCGUGAUGAGAUUUCUACAGCGAAGAGCCGACACGUGAUCAGAGUUUAAAUCACACAACCUGGAGCUGCUGCUGGCGUGUUUCAGUCUGAACGUCGCCGUCUCGUGUUUCCUGUUUGUUGGAUGUUUAAUGUUUAAAUGAAUCUGAGAUUCUGUGUGUGUGUGUGUGUGUGUGUGUGUGUGUUUCUGUCCUCACCGCUGAACGCUGAUUAACAGCCAUAUUUUUUACAACCUGUGUCUCAGACGUGUUUCUGCAAAAGAAAAUCACAGAUCUCACUAUGAAUGUUUUUUUGAAGCUUCUCAAACUAUACAGAAAUAAUUAUUAUAGAUUAUUAUUAUUCAUUACAGAAACCAAACCUGUACAAUAGAUGGUUUUAUUUUUAUUUUUCAUAUUUUCCAAAGUACGUGUACGCCCCCCGGUGGCCGAGUGUGACAUGAAUGUAUAUUUGAAACAUCACUUUAGUACUACAAACCAAAAGAACACAGUAUAUUAAGGAUAUAUUGAUAUAAAUAUAUAUAUAUAUAUAUUAAAGGUUUUAAUGUUUAUACAGAGUUUUUGUGGAGUCUGAUAUCUCCUGUGUAUUUUGGGACGGGUUACAUGAACAUAAUAUUAUAAAUGUAUUCAGACCAAAACGGCGUUCCCGGUCAGUCGGGGCGACGCGUGGGCAUUACAGAAACCUGAUCCUGAGAUACCUCAAACCCUCCGUCACACCUGUGCAGGUGCUACACUGAGCUGCUGCUUGUUGUUCCACCAGGUGCUCCACAUAUAUAUAUCUAUCUAUAUCUAUAGAUAGAUAUAUCUAUCUAUAGAUAUAUAUGUAUAGAUAUAGAUAUAGAGGCCUGUAUAGUUUCACCUGAUCAACCUGAAGCACUCGUUCUGUGUCUCCUGUCGGCUGUGGUUUCUCUCUCUGCAGCUCUGUUUUGUUGGUUCAAAGAUAUUUUUCCUAUAUUUGUCCUUUGGUUAUGUUUCUCAUGAUCAAAAUAAUAAAUAAUAAAUAAAUAAAUAAAGGUUCAAAUCCAG